AUGUCUCUCUCUCUCUUUCCCCAGCGCGGUCUCAACCCCCGCGAAAUCACCGCUCUCCUCAUCAUGGUCGCAUCGCAACUCCUCAUCGGCAUCAUGAUGCUUCGAAUGAUGAUGGCCAACCAGACUGUCAACAAUGCAUCUGUCGGAUUCGUCGACGUUCUUCCUACCAUUCAACCCUCCUUCGAAGGCGCGAAUUGCGAUACUCAAAUGCAUGGAAAGGAUUCGAGAAAUAUCGACUGCAGCACUUUUGGCAAGGAUGCACAAUUUUCGAAAUUUAACAUGGGGAUGGGAAUCGAUGCCUCGGAGUAUUUGCUCAAGACGAAAAUUGUGAUCGCCGAGAGGAUUAUGUGUCAUCGGGCAUUUGUGUCGGAGAAGAAAAAUAAGUUGGUGAAGGGAUUGUGGGAGGUUAUUGAGGGGGUCUAUGAACUUGAGGAGAUGGCGGCGGUUGCGAACACGGAUGAGAGUGCUUCUGGUGCAAAUGCGAAAACUUCUGGAUCUCCACACGUUUUUCGAAAGGGAGAGGAUGUUGCUGCAGAUGCGGUGAAGGAAGAUUGGGAAAUUGUCAAAUUUGCGCAGAAUCCUGCAUUUCCCGCCGAGGAAAAUAAUCAAUUCCGCACGGAGAUAUCGUAUAUGGAGAAUCGAGCUACGGGGUUCCGCAAGGCGGUCGAGGAGAGGAUGGAGAAGAAUGAUGUGGAGGGGGCGUUGAAUAUGGUGAGGAAGAGUUUGAAGGGUUUGAGACCGAAUGAGAAAUUGAUAGGAGGAGAGAAGAGUGAAGGGGAUUCGGAGGAGAAGAUGAAGAUGGAGUUGGCGCAAAAGAGUAAAGAUAAAGUUCAUCACGCGUUAUCUGGUCUGUGGGAUAUUGUUCAGGAUAUGGAGGAGGAGAUGAAGGAUACGGAGAGAUGGUUGGGUGAGACGGAGAGGGCGGUGAAGAGUGCGGUGCGGGAGUUUGAGAGGGAGUGGAAGAUUUAG